AUGGCUGACGGUGCACGUUUAAAAAAUCUCUCUGACAAACUGGAUGAGGUGCUCACACAAAUAUCCCUUUUCUCCACACAAAUGACAGAUAUCCAUACUCGUGUCUCCCACCUCGAAGCUCACCCUCUCACCCCUCCUUCUUCACCGCACCGUUUUCAUUCCAGUGCCACCUCCUCUUCUCAACGCCAUUUUCUAAAACUUGAUGUGCCUUGUUUUGAUGGCACCGACCCACUCGGAUGGAUCUUCAAAAUCACACAGUUCUUCGACUAUCACAAUACUCCUGAAGAAGAACGCAUUACCGUCGCUUCUUUUUACUUAGACGGAGCUGCCUUGGCCUUGUUCCAGUGGAUGUAUCGUAAUGGCCAGCUCCAUUCAUGGCAACAACUGCUCCAAGCUCUGGAAACGAGAUUCGCUCCUACGGCAUUUGACGAUCCAAAGGGCAAACUCUUCAAGCUAGCCCAAACCACAACUGUCUCAGAUUUCCUCACCGAAUUUGAAUCGAUUGCUAACCGUGUGGCUGGGUUACCCCCUUCGUUUCUUCUCAGUUGUUUCAUCUCCGGUCUCAAGCCCGAAAUCCGCCGUGAGGUGGUGGCCCAACAACCCCCAACACUAUCUCAUGCGGUGGGAUUAGCUAGGUUGCAAGAAGAAAAAAUUUGGGAUCUCAACCGUGUCCCGAAACCCAAAUCUGUGUCUCCUUGGCCUCCUCCCUCUAUUAACCGCACUAUUACGUCACAGACCCAAUCACAAACCACAAAACAUCUUCCCCCACUCCUAACCUCUCCUAUCGAAAAAUCCCUUCCGCCACUUCUAACCCCUCCUCCGCCCAAAACCCGUUACCGACAACUCACUGAAGCCGAGAUGGCGGACCGCCGUGAGAAGGGUCUCUGUUUUAACUGUGAACAAAAAUAUUCCCGUUCCCACCGCUGUCCAGCUCGUUUUCUUUUUUUCAUUGCAGAGGAAGCUGACUCUGUUGGGGAAGGUGACUUAGAAAUGCCCACUUUCGAUGGCGUGUUGGAGCCAAUGGGUGAUAGCCCAAAUCAGUCAGCCCAAAUCAGCCUUCACGCCCUUUCUGGCACUGGGGCUCCCGAAACAUUGCGUCUUAUGGGCCAAAUUGGGCUUCAUCAGAUCAGCGUUUUAGUAGAUGGGGGUAGCACCCACAAUUUUGUUCAACGCAAGGUUGCUCAAUUAUUAGGUCUGGCCCAUUCUCCUUCACCUCCUUUGAAGGUUCUGGUUGGCAGUGGUGAGGAGCUGACUUGUGCCCAUGUGUGCCAAGGGGUAGAGCUCUUUCUUCAAGGUCACUCAUUCACAUUGGAUCUGUAUGUCCUAGACAUGGGGGGUGCCGAUGUGGUUUUGGGAGCCCAAUGGUUGAAGCAAUUGGGGCCUAUUUUGAUGGACUAUCAAGCUCUUACCAUGAAGUUUGUCUUCAACGAAUCUACUAUUGAACUGCGCGGUGAUUCGGGAUUGAAGCCUUCAUCCAUUUCACUUCAUCAACUGAGGCGGGUUGCGAGAACAGACCCUUCGGCCCAAUUCUUUUCACUUUCGGUUCGUCCGUCUCACCCUCCAGACCCUUCUCCAUCUCAUCAUAACACUCAAGUACAGCAGUUGCUUCAAUCGUAUUCCACAUUGUUCUCUGAACCAACUUCGCUUCCCCCCUCAAGAGCCACCGAUCAUGCCAUUCCUUUAUUCUCACAUGCUCAACCAGUCAAUGUACGACCUUAUAAAUACCCCCACGCACAGAAGUUCGAAAUCGAGCGUCAGAUUUCGAAGAUGCUGGAAUUAGGAUGGAUCCAACCUAGUACCAGCCCAUUUUCCUCUCCGGUCCUUCUUUUGAAAAAGAAGGAUGGCUCUUGGCGCAUGUGCGUUGAUUAUCGGGCAUUGAAUGCAAUAACGGUGAAGGAUCGUUUUCUUAUCCCAACCGUGGAUGAGCUACUGGAUGAAUUGGGUUCUGCUCGUUGCUUCUCCAAAUUGGAACUCACUUCGAGGUUCCAUCAGAUUCGGUUACAGUCCAGCGAUGUGCACAAGACAGCCUUUCGAACUCAUGAUGGCCAUUACGAGUAUUGUGUGAUGCCAUUCGGAUUGUGCAACGCCCCAGCAACCUUCCAGUCCACGAUGAAUGAGAUUUUCCGACCCUUAUUGCGUAAAUUUGUUAUAGUUUUUUUUUAUGAUAUCUUGGUUUUUAGCACGAAUUUUGAACAGCAUUUAUCUCAUUUAAAGCAAGUCUUCCAUAUAUUAGAGCAUCAUCAGUUCUUUCUGCAGCCACACAAGUGCUAA